CACGCCCCCCUUCUAGAGCUAGCGGCGUCCUCCCUUGUCGCCUUGGUAACGACCUAGCCGCGCCGCGAGGAGAGCCGGGAAUGGAGGUCGUGGCUGGAGGGGCGCCGAGCUAGGGGAGGCGCAAGGCACUGAGUUCCCAGAGUUCCGGGAGUUCCGGCUUCGCCUGGCAGUCGGCAGUCCUCGGCAGGAGGACUGUCCUGGCGCCUCGGGCAGCUCUGCGUGGGCCGGGGUGACUUCCCCGCGAUCCCCUGGGCGAGGUGAAGGGCGGGGACCCCCGCUGCGCCCUCCACGCGCCGUUCCCCACCGGCGAGUGGCUCCUCUUCCUCAGACCUGUCGCUCGCGGACAGGCGCCGUGGGCCUCCCGGGCCCCUGCACUGCCCGCCUUCCCCGCGGCUCCCGGAAGUGGCUCCUUGUUUUCGGAGGCAUUUCACCCGCGCGGGGAGAGCUUCCCGGGAAGAUUCCGCGGCCGUCGAGGGCUUCCGCGUCCCGGACGCGUUUCCGUUGAGCCUGAGGGUCCGGGCCGGUUCCGCCCUCACGGUCCAAUGGCCGCGGAGGGGCAGGCUCAGUUGGACCCAUCAUUGCAGGGCUUGGUGAUGUUUGAGGAUGUGGCGGUAUAUUUCUCCAGGGAGGAGUGGGGGCUCCUUAAUGUGACCCAGAAGGGCCUAUACCAGGAUGUGAUGCUGGAGAACUUUGCACUCCUUAGCUCACUGGGACUUGCACCUUCAAGAUCCCCUGUGUUUACCCAGCUGGUGGACGAUGAACAGCUGUGUGUGCCCAGCUGGGUGGAUGUGACUCUAGUCAGCAGAACAGAAGCCAGCAGAGGUGCUGGUCCUGGUCCUGGUCUUGAUGGUCUGUGUAGAGUGGAGGAUGAGAGAGCCCCUCCCAAGCAUGUGAAGAGCUACAGAGUCAUCCAGCACCAAGACACUCGUAGUGAGGGGAAACCAAGGAGGCACACUGAGUAUGAGGCAGCCUUCCCACGUAGUUCCAGUUGUGGGCAACAGCAAGGAGUCCAUGUGGCAGAGAAGCUGUUCAAAUGUAGUGACUGUGGGAAGGUGUUCUUGAAGGCCUUUGCCCUCCUUGACCAUCUGAUAACUCACUCUGAAGAGAGACCCUUCAGAUGCCCAGCAGGCAGAAGUGCUUUCAGGGAGAAUUCAACUCAUAUUAACCCCCGAAAAAUUCACACUGGAGAAACAUCCCAUGUGUGUAAUGAGUGUGGGAAGGCCUUCAGUUACCCAUCUAAGCUGAGGAAACACCAGAAGGUUCACAUGGGCAUAAAACCUUUUAAGUGUAGUGAAUGUGGGAAAACCUUCAACCGCAAAGAUGCACUUGUUCUACACCAGAGGAUUCACACUGGAGAAAGGCCUUAUGAGUGCAGCAAAUGUGGGAAAACCUUCAGUGUUCUGUCUACCCUCAUUAGGCACCAGAAAGUGCACACUGGAGAAAGGCCCUAUGAGUGUACAGAAUGUGGGAAGUUCUUUAAAUACAGUAAUAGCUUCAUUCUUCACCAGAGAGUUCACACUGGAGAAAGGCCUUUUGAAUGCAAGCAAUGUGGGAAAGCCUACGUGACUCGUUCAGGCCUCUAUCAGCACUGGAAAGUCCACACUGGGGAACGGCCCUAUGAAUGUAGCCUGUGUGGGAAAACCUUUACUACCAGAUCCUACCGCAAUCGGCACCAGCAGUUCCACACUGAAGAGAGGUCUUAUGAAUGUACAGAAUGUGGGAAAGUCUUCAAACAUUGUUCUACUCUCCUUCAGCACAAGAAAUUUCAUACUUCAGAAAGGCCUUAGGAGGACAGGUCACAUGGGAAAGUUGUUAGCUGCUAGCAUUUGUUCAUCAGAAAAGGUCUUAUUCCAGAAAGAAGAUUGAGGAGAGUGACCGUGAGAGUGCCAUGUGAAAGAAGCUUAACCUUGUGUAUCCCAACGUCCACCCUGGGGAGAGUUCUCAUGUGUGCCUGGUUUGUGGGAAGCUUUCAGGAGCCACAUUGGACUCUAACUUGCCUGGGGCUGUUGGCGGUGUCAUGUCACUGUCAGUUUAUGUGAUAGAAGCCAUCCACUUCUAUCCACCCUAUAAGGUCCCUACAGCAAGUGGUACAGCAGAGCUUGGGCUCCUUGCUCUAAACUGUAGAGAAUCAUUAGUGGUGGAGCCCAAAACAGCUCAUUCCUUACCCCUGACUGGUUUAGCUGUGAACAUGAUCCAGCUCUGGCCAGAGGAGCUGAGCUGGUAUAUGCUGGGGGCUUGUUGGGAAGGUUUACCAUUUUCAUGGACAUGGUUGAUAUUACAUGGGGUAUUUGUCAUGCCCUAGCAUGGACUGUCUCAUACUGCUCUGGACUGUGGUAAUAAAGGCUUUAUUGCUUAAGCCACUUAAAAAA